AUGAUCUACGGAAAGAAAAAAGCCUUGUCAGCACUCGACAGGGGGCCUCGCAUGGCUGGUAGACUUUCUCUUUCCAGGGAUUACAAUCGACACUGGGACCAUGGUCUCAGGUUCCGAGCAGAAUCCAACGGAGUGAGAUCAGCGACCCAGGAUCAUUUGACGUACAGACGAACAUGGGGUCCCUAUUGGACUCAGAUACUGCUCGGCUAUUGCAUGCAAGACUCCGAAGGCUCCAAUCUGCGACAUCAACUGCUCCAGGAAGAUGGGUGGGGCGGGUUGCAUCCCAUCGACUCGCCCGUGGGAAGAGUAGGGGGCGCGCAUGGAAGUGGCAGCGACUGGAGUCCUGGCCGUUGA